AUGAAAAGCGAGUAUCAAGUAGUCGCGACGGAGCUUCAAGUGCAGCAGUGGCAGCUCACAAGUCUCAAUGAUACCACGAGGGUCAAUGUGUCGCGCAAAGCUCAGAUUCCUACAGCACCUGGAGAGCUCCUUGCGCCACCUCAGGUACCUUCCUUCCUUCAGCUUGUGACUUUCCCUGCACCGACCGUUCACGCGCCUGCGGCAAGCCAUACUUCCAAGGUUGAAGGACAAGCACCUCUCGUUGCUGCUGAGCUCCACACUAAAAUUCCCGGCAUCUCGAAAAGCGUCGCCCGCGCAGACCACUCACGACCGAACAAACGAGCAGAUCCGGUCGCCUUUCGCCAACGCGACAGCUUCGCGGCCUCCCCUCAUCUCAUGACAUCAACAGCUUUUUGA